GUCGACAUUUACUACGGGCACACAUGUUUAUCUUGUUCUUUAACCUCAAAAUUGUUGGUGAUCACCUCCUAUUUUAAAUGUUACUUUUGUUUUCUUUAAAACUGGGUUGCCGUUUUUCGUCAUUUAUAGUAAUUGUGAAAUUUUAAAGAAAGCUUUAGGCAAAAUGUUCAUAAAACUGUGAAGGGAGGUUAAAAAUUAACAUCAAAUAUGGAAAAGCGAUUGCAGUCAUUGAAACUUCCUCGCGACUUAACAUUGGGAGGUACAAAACCCAAAAAAUUGUAUGCACCAAAUAUAACCGUUACAAGGAGAAAGGAAAAAGUCAAAGAUGUUGUGUUUAAAAAAGAAGAUAAACAAAGAUAUUCAAAUAAGUUCAAUGGAAUAAGCCUUAAGAAAAUUAACAAGAUUGAUCGAUUUAUACAAUCAAGUGGUAUAUUUUCUGAAGGUGUAGGAAAUGAUGCAAUCAAAAAGACAAGACAUGAAAGAAGUUAUAUGCCUAGAGAUGAGAGUCACCAACAUAUUCCUAUACCAACUGUAAAAAAGGACGAAUGGAAGGUAGACAAUAAAUUGGAAACAAGAGUUUAUGAUGACAUUCUCGGCUGUGAUGUUUUAAGUGAGGAUGAAGAGCCAAUGCCUUUCAAGCCCCAUACAUGGAAUGAAAAUGACCUAAAAGAAUGUAUAGCUCAUUCCAAAGUGGUAAAUAAACCUGAAAUUAAGCUAGAGCAUGUGGAUUUACAGAAUGGCGAAUUUAAAAUGGGGGGAAAUGUUAUUCCAAAAGAUUUUAGGGACAGUGAUGCUGUUGGUGAUAAUAAUCCAACUUUAACUCUGUGGAAUCUGCCAGAUUCUUUUGCCGGGAAAAGCUUCAGUGAUGAUCCAAAUGUAAAAAAGUUUUUUGAUUACAAAUUAACAGAUAUGCAAGAGGGUCAAAUAGGGAAACUAGUGAUUAGAAAAUCUGGAAAAUUAGAAGUAUACAUAGGAUCAGGCAAAUAUGAUUUAGAGCCCACAAAUUUGCAGAGUUUCUCAGAGAACCUCAUGGAAAUUGAUUUGGAUGCCACUUCAUCGACUUCUGUUCUAGGUUCUAUACAAAAUAGGUACAUUCUUAACCCAGAUUGGGAUGAUUUGCUAUCAUGAUGUCUACUUGUUUUUAGGCUAAUUUAUUUAUUUAUUUGUCAUGUUAUACUUUACAUUCAAACUAUGGAAAAUAUUAUUUGUUUUAACUCAGUCUCGACAUGAAAAAUAAAUAUUUACCACUUA